GGCGGCGGGGAAGGGCCUGCCAGUCCUCACUAGCGCUGUCGCAAUAGCGCCUCGCUUUCGCUGCGCUUUACGGUAAGGCCGCAAAGCGGGAAAGAAGGCGGCCGGCUGAGGCAGUUACCGGAGGAGCAGAGGCCGCCAUGGACCGGAGGAAGAAGCCGCUGGACGUAGCAGCCUCCUCGUUGGUAGAUCUCAAAGCAGAACUCUUCCGAAAGCAAGAAGAAUUCAAGAAGGAAAAGCUAUUGAAAGAUGCUGGCAUCUUUGCAAAGCCCAAAACUUCUAAUAAGAAACCAAGCAUCUGGAACAAACAAAACACAGGAGUUGCAAAUCGAGCCGAGAAAGAUGUUGAGCAGAAGACAGAAGAGGAGCAUAUAUUAGAUAAAUCAAGGAAGAAACUAGAAGAGAAAGCAAAGCUGUAUGAGAAAAUGACAAAAGGCGACUUUCCAGAUGAAGAAACUGAGGAUUUGUACCUAGUGGAUUUUACUCAGAAGAUCAUAGACAAACAGCACGAAGUACAGGAACUGUAUCAGAGUGAAGCUGCUAGAAAGACUUUAGAAAAAGAGACAGAUGAUGAGGAAACUCAACCUGAAAUGGAAAUACCACCACCUGAGGACCCAGACGAAGAAUGGGUUGAUUAUGUUGAUUUCUUGGGCCGAUCUAGACGCUGUAUGAAGAAGGAUUUGCCAAGUCUACUUAAAAUGGAUCAGGAGCUUCAAGGGAAAAGUCAAGGUCCUGACGGGAAUACUCUGUUAUCUGAAGACAUGAGAAGAGAACUUCAGAGGCAGCAGUGGGAAAAAGAAGAAGAAGCAGCCCUCAGAAAACCCAUGGGACCCAUACAUUAUGAGGACAUUCGAGAAAAUGAGGCCAGACAGCUUGGUGUUGGUUACUUUGCCUUUUCUCGUGACAAAGAACUUAGGAAUAAACAACGGGCAACGCUGGAUAUGCUACGAGAGCAGACACUCGAUCAGAGAACUAAACGUGAACAGUUAAAAGAAAAAAGGAAGGCAGCUUUAGAUGCAAGGCUGUCUAAACUUCGAGCACGGAAGAUUAAGAAAUUAAGGGAAGCUGGAUUAGAGGAAGAGGCAGAAAAAUUGGAGAAUGGAGAGUUGAAAGGUGCUACUGAUGAACCGGAAGCUCCGAGAGUUACUGCAGCAAGUAGAAAGGUAGAGGUUGUCAUCCAGGAGAGAAGAGAUACAAAGCCUGGCGUGCCUUAUGUCCGAGAGUGGGAUAAAGGCAAAGAACUGAUGUUUGGACAAUGGUCAAAGAAACAGGAAGAACUCAGAGAUGAGCGAGAUCCAGAAUUUGCACCACCUUCUGAUUACUUUAUGGGACAAAAGAAAGAUGAUAAUUACAGAGGUCAGAAUUUGAACAGUCCUGAAACCUCCUCUGAAAAACUGGAAACGGAGACAGCACAAAACCAACAGAUGCCAUCAGUGCAGGCCAAUGGCAGCAGCACUGAAGGCGUGCCACCGUCAGUGCAGUCUUACAACAGUAAUGUUCAAGAUCAGUCAGCAUCAACAGAGGCCUGUGGCAGUGACACUCAAGAUGCACCAUCAUCAGCGGAGGAUGACAGUAGUGAUGAUGAGGAUAUGCUGCCAUCAGCACAGGCGUACGGCUAUGGUCCUCAAGGUGUGCCGCCGUCGAUGCAGGCUUAUGGCUACGGCACUCAAGAUGUGCUGUCAUCAAUGCAGGCUUACGGCUAUUGCACUCAUGAUAUGCCAUUUCCAAUGCAGGCUUAUGGCUACGGCACUCAAAGUAUGCUGCCACCAAUGCACGCUUACGGCUACAGCACUCAUGAUAUGCCAUUUUCAAUGCAGGCUUACGGCUAUGGCGCACAAGAUGUGCCGCCACCAAUGCAGGCCUAUGGCUGCAGCGCUCAAGAUGUGCCGCCACCAAUGCAGGCCUGCGGCUGCAGUGCCCAAGAUGUGCCGCCACCAAUGCAGGCCUGUGGCUGCAGUGCUCAAGAUGUGCCAUCAUCAGUGCAGGCCUGUGGCUGCAGCGCCCAAGAUGUGCCAUCAUCAGUGCAGGCCUGUGGCUGCAGCGCCCAAGAUGUGGCACCUUCAGCGCAGGCCAACAGCAGUGACACUCAAAAUCAGGAACCACUUUACCAAAGUUUAGAUGAUAUGCUGUCUUAUUACAGACAAGUGACUUGAACUGAGCGAAAAGAUAAGCAUGAAUCGUGAUUUAAAGAACUGAAAUAGAAUUAUCUUCUCAGCAAGAAUAUUAUUUUCCCACAUCUGGGAAAAAUAAGUUUCUGUAAGUAGAUCAAAAUAAAUCCUGGAGACCUAAGUUGUUUUACAUCACAGCUGUACUUUUGCCCUGUUGGUUCUUUAUUUUUUUUUCCCUCUUUAUUAAAAUUAUGUGAUUUUUUUUUUUUGGCAGUACUUAAUUUAGUUUAGUACAUGUUUCAUUUCAAUUCUUUGUCACUUAUACCUGAACUUUGGGGUAUAUUCAUGGCUUUCUUUCAAAAGAUGAACUCUUCCUUUACUCUGUUGCUCCCCAGCUAGCUUCUGGUUUGGAGGUACUACAAGUUCAGUGAUAUCUGUAGAAACAGUAUUGAAAUGGCAGGCCCUCUGCUGCUAAAUACAGAAUGGUUUUAGGAAUUUUGUUACCUACUUAAUCUCCUGCCUUUACAAAGUGCAGAAUAUUAUCUAGUGAACAGUGGUGGAGAGUAGUUCACAUGGUUGUAAUGGCUUCUGCAUUCCUGAGGUCUGUAUAUAACUUAUAAUUCUGUGAACCAAAUUAGAGUGGAGAGAGGCAUUGCAGAAAUCAGUAAAUAAUGAUGGUUAGACUAAGAGUAAACACUUCACUAAAGUAGAAGUCUUGACACCUGAAAUUACUGUCUUACUGGUUUAGAAAAUGCUCUCAUAAUUCUCCAAGUGCAUUUUUCUUGCAUCAUCUGUUGUACUUACGGCUUUAUUUUAUUUAAAACUUUUUCCCAAAAACUGUGAUAUAGCAGUCAUUAUAUAUAAAAGAAGACCAACCUCUACCAAACAAGCUUUUAUUUCAGAAUCUUAGUAAAUGAGAAUAAUUCUUGUUUACCAUGUAGAACAUUUUUAUUUCUGAAGGUAAUUUAGAUGCCCCAUUUGUAUUUUAAAAGCUCACACAAUGGUAAGACCUAGAAAAGCAGGUUAGAAUGGGCAAUUUCAUAGAUUGUCUAAAGUUAAAUGACGAUACUGUCAAAAUAGUGAACAUUUGAACAAAAUAGUGAACUAGCCAAAGAGACAGAGAUAAUGUGCUACUCUUGUGUGCUUCAUUCAGAUCUCAGGCUGCUUUGCAAAGCCUGUUGAACAGCAAUGUGUUCAAGGUGACUGGGCAAACUUAGCAGCAUGCAGAACACAUUCACUGUCCCCAAACUCUGUUUUAACCUCAGCUAGUAAACACACUGUAUCGCUGGCUUUUGCACAGGAAUUUGCAGAGCAGGAAUAACACCUCACAGGAGGAAUAACACUCCACAAGAGCACUGGCGGUACCAUUUUAAAGCCACAAAAUACCCCAGUCUUAUACUUACCAAAUGUUGAAGAGACUGGAGCUUUAUGAUAACUUUGGGUUUCUGUUUCUCUGAACAGACCUAGAACUUGAGGAUAGUAUGGCACUAUUAAUGGCCACAUCCACCUGAAAUGCACUGAAGGCUUAGCAGCAGCUCAUUGUUUCUGCUGCUGCUGACACUGACCUAAACUCAGCUGUUGCGUGUGGUGUUAGGGCAUAUAUUUCUUCCUUUCCUUGAAUCUCUUCAGUAUGAAUAAAGAACCUGAAAAUAAUAAUGAUCAUAUACUAAUGACUGAAAGGAAGAGGAAGAUGUUACAAACCCAUCUGGUUUUACCAAAUGUGAAUGCAGGCUUUUUUUCUCAUAAAUUUGGUACAAUCUCAGGUUAGUCAAUAUCCAUGAGAUGGCAGUCUAGUCUUACUGAUUUGCUAUAAGAAAUUCUGCCAGUAUAUACCUAUUUUCUGCUAUUUAUUUCAUAAUAACAUUGAAGUAGUCUCUGAUGAGCCUGAUCUGAGAAGAAUUUUUCAAAUGCUGUGUCACCUCACAUUUAAUUUUGAGUUUAAAACAGUUGCAUUGUGUUUUAGCAGCUUUCUACCACAAAGGUAAGAAGUGGUCAAAACACAAAUUUCAAAUUUGACUAGUUAGGAAAACAGUCUCCUUUCAGUGCCACCAGUUGUUGAACUUGUACAUAGAAACAGAUGUUAAAUGUUGUAAUGUUCUGUAAAGAAGUGUUUGGUUGCCCACAGAGUAAGCAAGGCAAAAGCUAAUUGCUGAGCUAGAGUUACUUGCAAAGACCCUACUACUUCUUAAGGGUACCAGACUACUCUGAUUAAAUUUCCAAGGUAUCCACUACCAGAUUUCACUGCUGUGCCUCACCAUACCUUUGUCCUCAUGCUUAAGUGGCACGGGAACAUGUCUGACAUCAUCUUGAUAAAAGUGACUUAAUAGUGACUGUCAUGUUUAAACUAACUAAUUAGGGCAGACUGGUUGUUACAGCACUAGCACAGGAAAUGAAGGACCUCAUUCAGAUUCCUACCGUCUGUCUGGGAAAGCUUUGUUCAAAUGAUGUAACUUUUAUGUACAUGAGUGAAUGGUAAGUUUGGACUCAAAACAGCUUAGCUGUAUGUUGGAAUAAAUGCUGGAAUAAACAUCUAAGAUUUCA